ACAGAGCGAGCAUGCGCACAUACGCCCUGCUCUCCGACUUAAAAACAGCUGGGUUCGUAGGAUUCCAACGAGAGCAACGUGGUUCUGCUAAAGGAAGGGGGGUACAGCGCGGAUUUAGAUCUACGGAUUACGGCUGUUCUAAUGGCUUCACUGCUAUGCGAAAUAAGAAAAUGAAAGAGGAUUUGUGACAUACAUCAAGAGAGAUUCGGUAGAGAGAGAGAAUCCUAGACAUAGCGCGCUAGCUUGGCAGGGGUGCAAUAAGAGCGCUAUAGGAACAGACACAUAAAUACGGAUGUAUACUGUUUAGGCUACAUCCUCAAUAGUUGUCGCCCUGUUUUGGAGUUCCUGUGGAGUUUUAUCACCACAGAUAAAAAGGAGAAGGAUCGGCCUGGGCUUGUAUCAGACGUGUAUUCUUCUUGCUCUGUGCAGGUUCACUAAGGGCUCCCCCACUCUGGAACCAGAGGAGACAGUCAUCUACUAUGGAGAUGGUCCUCACCACACAGGGAUGGUGACGCGCUGCCUGGCUCUGCCUCCCCUCAUCGGUCAGGGCGCUUGAGGACACUGCUGGAUGCCAUAUAGUGGUGGACGGUCCAGCUUUGAAGCUGCAAUCCCAGUGGACAAGGCAUCUAUAACACGAUGGUCCUACUCUUCCUUUCGUUCUAGAGAGACUGGUUUGGAAAUGAGCUGCUGAGAGACAGCCAGAACGUGAUGCAGCAAAUCACAUCCUCCAUCUCUCCGUUCGUCUUCUUGGUUGAUAGGGUGACAUUCCCCUCCAGUUGUUAAGGAAACCAGGAGGAGAGGGGGGGGGUUUGUCAUGGCCAAGCCAUUCUAUCGCCUGCAGCGUUUUUUACGGCGGACUCAGCUGCUCUUCCUCUUCCUGGGCGUGGCCUACAUCAUGGCUGGCAGUGUGUUGCUCCUGCAGCGGGCAGCUCUGGUGGUGUCCCAGCGGGGACUGGCCCUGAGUUCCAGCUUCCUGCCCCUGCCCUCUCUACCAGCCCCACCGCGGGCGCUCGUCGGCACGCCAGUGGUGCGAGCGUUUCCAGUGGGUGCCAGGCUGCCGGGGAGCGCGGGGCGGUAUCAGGCGAGUCGCUCCGAAGACCGAGCAGGCCCGCAGUGGCUGUUGUCCCGGAACCAGGAGAUCCGACAGCUGCGGCGGCGCUGGUUCCACAGCCUCAUGUCGGAGCAGGACAUGACCCGAGCAGACCCAGUCACGGCCAGGAGGAAGGCUCCACACAAAGGCACAUACAUUGGCUGCUUCCUAGAUGACGCCAAAGACCGGGCCUUGAAAGGGACAGUUUUUUAUGAUUUCCGCAGAAUGACAACCAGCCUGUGCCAGGACACCUGCUCUGAGAGUGGGUACCAGUUUGCUGGCCUGGAGUAUGGCUCGGAGUGUUACUGUGGCAACCGCAUCGCAGGCCCACGCAUGAGGGAGGAGGAAUGCAACCUAGACUGCAAGGGUGAGAAGGGCUCUAUCUGCGGGGGCGUGGCGCGCCUGGCCAUCUACAAGGUGGAGGAACUACUUCCGGGGCAGAGGAGAUACAGGAAUGUGCGCUACCGCGGCUGCUUCAGAACCCCUGAGAACAUGACGGCCGCAGCGUUUGUCCGUGCAACGAAGCGCAACCUCACCUCUCAGGCCUGCAUUGAAGUCUGUAUGGACCAGGAGUAUCCUCUCGCCAUCCUUCAGAGGCCGCACUGCUUCUGCGGCUACGCUACUCCUCUCUUCAACCUGCACCAGCCCGUGGGGGAGGAGCUCUGUGCCCUGGCUAACACCACCAUCCCCACGGCGACAACCAAUCAACUCCACUGCAAGGUCUACCAAACGCCUGUGCAGGACUCCAGGUGCACUGAACGGAGCUUCUUACCAGAGAAGUCCAGCUCAUUGGUUGCACUCUCCAGCUUCCCCGGUGCAGGCAACACCUGGGUGCGCCAUCUGAUUGAGCUGGCCACGGGCUUCUACAGCGGGAGCUACUAUUUUGACGGCACUCUUUACAACCGAGGUUUCAAGGGCGAGAAGGACUACUGGAAGAGUGGACGCACCAUCUGUGUGAAGACGCAUGAGAGUGGCAAGCGGGAUAUCGAGAUGUACGACUCGGCUAUCCUGCUGAUCAGAAACCCUUACCGCUCACUCAUGGCUGAGUUCAACCGCAAGUGUGCCGGACACCUGGGCUACGCGUCGGACCAGCACUGGAAGGGCAAAGAGUGGCCGGAGUUUGUGGGCAGCUAUGCGUCGUGGUGGGCGUCCCACGUCCUGGACUGGCUGCGUUACGGGCGGCGGGUUCUUGUGGUGCACUACGAGGAGCUUCAGGACUCACUGGUGCCCCAGCUACGCACCAUUGCCAACUUCCUCAACGCCAGUGUCACGGAGGAGCGACUGCUGUGUGCCGAGAGCAACAAAGAUGGCCACUUCAAACGGGCGGGAGCCCGCCGGCCCUCCUUUGACCCCUUUACGGCAGACAUGCGGCAGCUCAUCGACGGCUUCAUCGGCGGCGUGGAGCAGGCCCUGAAGGAGAGCAAUCAGACCGGCCUGCCGCAGGACUACCUGCCCAGAUGAUCGGCGGAAACUUCUAGAAGUCUGAUCAUCCUUUUCCCUACCGUCACUACCCAGAGGAAGCUGUUUCCCUUAGUCCCUAUCCGAGUACCAGCGUACGCCUUCACUCAUUGACUCACGUGCUGUGGGCUGGCCCCUCCUGUGCUGCAGCAUUGGGAGACUUUCCUCCUCACUGCCGUUCUAGUUGAUUUGUGCUCGACAUGUUGGACGUGUCUCUGGAGAGGGGCCGUGUGGCACUGCCUGACUGUUAGCAUGGUGCUUUAAGAUUUAGGAAAGAUUAAACAGAAUAAUCUCAGACUUUGAUGAAAUCACAGACAGCAUCUCUUUUCACCAUUGCUUGGGACAGAGCUAAAAAAACUCAUUUGAAAGCCUUCUUCCCAAUCUCUUCAACCAGAAAAUCCGAGGCUUCAUCUUUUUUUAUUGUUAUUACAUAAGCCAACACCGAACGAUCCCAAUCCUAGCACAGCUAGCUACAUUAGUGCUGUGUGGUUGUGUGUGAUUGGGACGCCCAGGCAUCACAGCAGCGGCAGCACUGGGCUCAUUAUGAGCCAGCAGCGCCGUAAAGAAGAUAUGGAGGCUGUUUCACACUGACUGACUGACUGACUCCCUGUGAAUGUGAGGCUGGAAGAGACCGGCUGGGCUGGGUGCUGCAUCACUCUUCUCCCCUCCAUGCUGGUGACGUCCUGAUGGAGAAGGAAAGGGAGUGAGAGAGAGGAACGGUGGAAAGGGGGGUGAGAUGAUGAGGGAGAGGGAGAGGGAUCUCCUGCAGUGUAAUCUCAUAAAACAACCCUCCCUGAUCCCAUACUGAGAGGAGAGAGAAAGACACCAUGGGAUAGUGAGGAGGAGAAGGGCAGAUAGGUAAACUAGAGUCACUACCACAGACGUGUGAGAGGGGGGGGGGGGGCAGCAUGGGCUUGGAUAGUCCCCCAACACACACACACACACACACACAGACAGACU